GGGGCGGAAAGGCGAGCUGACGCAAGCGGAACCUCUGGGAGGGAGGGCCAAUGGGAAUCGAUCGUCGCCGGGGUGAGGGCGGAAGAGAAGAGGUUCAGUUCCGGACUCCGCCGUCGCCAUCUGUCACCUCCGCCCCCGGCUCUCGCUGCCGUCGUCUUGAACGGGUCUCUCCGCCGUCUCCGCCUCCUCGUCCUAGACCUCUACGGUGCUCGCUCUUCCAUUCUUCCGCUCGCUUCUCUGUACGUGUGUCCCUUGCAGAUGGAUCUGGUCGGUGUCACCACUCCUGAGCCCAGGCCGGGAUCGGCUUGGGGGCCAAACAAGUGUCCUUGGGGCACCCCUCAAAAUACAAUAUCAUGUUCCUUGGCUGAUGUAAUGAGUGAACAGUUAGCUAAAGAGCUACAAUUAGAAGAUGAAGCCGCUGCUUUUCCAGAAGCUGUUGCUGUUUCUGAAGGACCAUUUGUUACUGGAGAAAAUAUUGAUACUUCAAGUGAUCUAAUGCUGGCCCAGAUGCUACAGAUGGAGUUUGACAGAGAAUAUGAUGCCCAGCUUCGGCGUGAAGAAAAGAAAUUCAAUGGCGAUAGCAAAGUUUCCAUUUCCUUUGAAAACUAUCGAAUGGUGCAUCCUUAUGAGGACAGCGAUAGCUCUGAAGAUGAAGUUGACUGGCAGGACACUCGCCAUGAUCCCUACAGAGCAGCUAAACCUGUUCCUACUCCCAAAAAGGGUUUUAUUGGAAAAGGAAAAGAUAUUACCACCAAACAUGAUGAAGUAGUAUGUGGAAGAAAGAAUACAGCACGAAUGGAAAAUUUUGCACCUGGAUUCCAGGUAGGAGAUGGAAUUGGGAUGGAUUUAAAACUACCAAAUCAAGUCUUUAAUGCUUUAAAACAACAUGCCUACUCAGAGGAACGUCGGAGUGCCCGUGUCCAUGAGAAAAAGGAACAUUCUACAGCAGAAAAAGCAGUAGAUCCUAAAACACGUUUACUUAUGUACAAGAUGGUCAAUUCUGGAAUGCUGGAAACUAUCACUGGCUGUAUUAGUACAGGAAAGGAAUCUGUUGUCUUUCAUGCAUAUGGAGGGAGCAUGGAAGAUGGGAAAGAAGAUAGUAAGGUUAUACCUGCAGAAUGUGCCCUAAAGGUAUUUAAAACAACUCUUAAUGAAUUCAAGAAUCGUGACAAAUACAUUAAGGAUGAUUUCAGAUUUAAAGAUCGCUUCAGUAAGUUGAAUCCACGAAAGAUCAUCCGUAUGUGGGCAGAAAAAGAAAUGCACAAUCUAACAAGAAUGCAGAAGGCUGGUAUCUCUUGCCCAGAAGUCGUAAUGCUAAAGAAACACAUUUUGGUCAUGUCUUUCAUUGGCAAAGAUCAAGUCCCAGCUCCCAAACUAAAGGAAGUAAAACUCAGUAGUGAAGAUAUGAAAGAGGCCUACUAUCAAACCCUCCAUAUGAUGCAGCAGUUGUACAAGGAGUGCAGCCUCGUCCAUGCUGAUUUGAGUGAGUACAACAUGCUGUGGCACGCCGGGAAGGUCUGGUUGAUUGACGUUAGUCAAUCUGUGGAGCCAACCCAUCCUCAUGGUCUGGAGUUCUUGUUUCGAGAUUGCAGGAAUGUAUCGCAGUUUUUUCAGAAGGGAGGGGUAAGUGAAGCCCUCGGUGAACGAGACCUCUUCAAUGCUGUGUCAGGCUUAAACAUAACAGCAGAUAAUGAAGUUGAUUUCCUGGCUGAGAUAGAAGCUUUGGAGAAGAUGAAUGAAGAUCAUGUUCAGAAGAAUGGAAGGAAGUCUGCUUCAUUUCUAAAAGAUGACGGAGGCCCACCAAUAAUAUGUGAUGAAUAACACCAACACUUGCUGCCUCUAACUAUGUUGGUGCAGUGGUGAUUGUCACCUGCCAGUGGCAAGUGGAAUUGUGGGUGACUUGAAAUACCAAAAAAAGGAAACACGAGGAGUGUGCAAUGGUGCUUCUGUGUGUUUUUUCAUUGUGACCCAUGUGCCAGAUGUGUGGGAUUUUUAGCGUGGCACUGUAAGAAUAGAAUGUCACUACCUCUUACUAUACGAUUGGGCUAAUUUAAUUCUUCAGCUGCAUUAGGUUAGUGUAGCUGAAGUAGACAUGAUUUUUGCAUGAUUCAGGGCAUAAGUGUUUUGGUGCAUAUUUUUUUAAAUUUAGGUAACAUUUCUAAGUAUGAAGAAAGGACAGCUAUAUUUGGAAAAGAGUUUUAGUAGAAUUUUCUUUUUCUUCCCUUACUUUUCCAUGUUGGCUAUCUUCCUCUCUAGAACAUCUUACAGAAGUCAGUAUUUCUCAAUUUUUCUUCCCCAAAUGAAGUACUUGCCCAUGAUUCUAAAGAGAAGUGUGGGUCUUGGAUGCAUGAAAAAUGUUUUGGAAUGACUUGUAUGAAAGAGGCAUUAGCCAUGUGUCCUUUAUUAGUACAGCUGAAAAUCUGAUUAAGGCCCAUCCCUGUUCAAGGCACGGCAUCAUAGGUUGCUGAAUAGUUCCAAGUCAGAUUCUAUCUGAGAGGUACAACUUGAAUGUUUUAUGAAUUUCUUAACUUCCGAUUUUUCUACUUUUAGGCUUCAUUUGAUAAGGAUAAUGUACCUGCAUUUUACACUUAGAACUAAAAUUUAAAUUACUUGAGAUGACAGAAUUUGAGAUUUAACCAUGUUUUACAUAUUUUGGUGAAAUUUUUAUUUUAAAAAUAUAGUACAUUUUACACUUUGCUAACUUGUAACUGUGUGAAGUUGAAAGGCAGCCACUUAUUUGAAGUGGCUCUAAGCAAGCUGGCUGGAAGACAGUUGGAAGUAAUCAUAUCAGUAAACUAGGUAUAAUGCAACUCAGGGGUACCACAAUUUACAUAAACUAAGACAGACUAUUUGACCUCAGUUUUAACAGAACAGCACUGACUAAUUUCAGAUUCUUAGAAAAUUGAUUGUAUACCUGGGCUAACAAUGAAGUUCAUUAACUGCAUCUUUGCUAUUUUCUCAGAACUUAGGUAAAAUUGGAACACCUUCUAAAAACCCAUAUUGGUUCUGUGUUAACACAAAUUAAAUUUUUCUAGAAAUAAAAAGUAAAAAUCUAAAUAUUUAGACUUGAAAAUUCUACUACAUUUGAAAGAUGAACCUAAUGAUUCCUUUUUCCUUCUUGGUAAAAGAAAUUCUGUUUCUUUUUGCCGAAUUCUAGAGAGAUGCAGUCUUUGAUAGCUAAUUCAUUACUUCUGAAACAUGUUCUUACUACUCUUGACGAGGGUUUUAAGAUGACUGGUUAUUUAAUGCAUUGUAAUAAAUUAAGAGAACUAUCUAAUUUUGAAAACCUUUAACAUUUAAAAGUUUUUGGUUUUAUAACAUACCCUGUUUUACAAAGAGCAGCAAACCAUUGCUGUGUGACAUUCUUGCAGUGUGCUGUGGAAAGUGCUCUUUUUUUAAAAAUUAAAAAAAUUCAUUCGA